AUGGAGAGAGCUAUGCUCGGUGAUUCUCUACGCGAUCGAAUUAGAAAUGAAGAAAUUCAUAGAAGAACUAAAGUCACUGAUAAAGCAAAAAGAGCGUAUAAACUUAGAUGCCAAUGGGUGGGGUACAUGCCCCAAUGGCCCAUGGCCGAUGGGGCAAAAAGUCCUGGACCGCCGAGGACCAGUUGGCGAAGCGUUGGACGGCCUUCCGCUAGUUGGGCAAAUGACUUGGUAAGGGUGGGAGGCGGUGGAUGCAAAGCACAGGGAACUGGUCGUACUGGAAAUUAA